CGUCGAGCGACCGCUGAGAACCUAACCAAAAACCGUUGAAACUGAAGGCAGCUUCUCUAGCUCUAGGAAGUGCCGAAUAAUUCUUUCGCGCGCCCAUUCGCGAUCUUCCGGAUUUCACCCACCGUCGUCGGAAUCAAUGGUGCGAUUACUUCUUUCGUCUCUUUUCGCUUGUCGCUCCAAUUUCCCGUCUGUCAUUUAGCGAACUGGGAACUUUCAUGUUGUUAGGGUUUCACUAUUUGCUCUCGAAUUGAUUGGUAAAGUUCAGUCUUGGAAUUGCUUUAACUUUCGUCCGCGUACAGUUCGUAAUGAUUUUGCUUUGAUUGUCUUUCUCACCCUCGCCGGAAUCAAAUGUAUGGGAGAGAGACUGCGGCGGCUGUAGUUCAGUUGGUUGCUAUGUCAUCAAUUAGACGUCUUAGUUUGUGCUCUACUUUACUCGUUAGGCUGAUCCGGAGCUGGAAGCGAUCAGGCAGAGAAGGAUGGCUGAGCUAAUGGCUCAGCAUGGCGGUGGUGGUGGAGCGGCUAGUCAGCCGGACCCGGAACAGCAGAAUGCUCAAGAAGAUGCUAAGAGGGAAGCUGACGAGCGUAGGCAGAUGAUGUUGAGUCAGAUAUUGUCUGCUCAAGCUCGAGAAAGAAUUGCCAGAAUUGCACUAGUCAAGCCUGAGAAAGCUAGAGGUGUUGAAGAUGUUAUACUUCGAGCGGCUCAAAUGGGUCAGAUAGUCGAGAAGGUGUCGGAGGAGAGGCUGAUUUCACUGCUAGAACAGAUAAACACCCAAACAACGAAACAAACCAAAGUCACGAUCCAGAGACGUCGUAGCGUUCUAGACGAUGAUGAUUGAAGUUUGAAGAUCUCGCUGGGUUGUUUCCCAGGAUCCAUGUAUACAGUGUGUUUCCGUGAGUUUGCAGAUACAUGAUCAAGUGCAAGUUGUGAGACAAGUCAUAUCUGUAUUUCUGCCAUGCAAAAACUACACAUUCUUAAGUCUUCCCAUUUGAUGUAAUGUAUGACGUUAUUUCUAAUGGUAUUUGCAGCCAUGAACGGCUUUCAGAUUUUGAUUGUGUAUCAGUAAAUUGAUGAUGUUUGUUCUCAUUGCAUUUUUUUUU